AUGACGUCGGCAUCUCCCAGCAUGAAUUUCGACUUUUCCAGAAGCGACGAGUCCAUGUUAACAUGGGCUAUCAAAAUUGUUCUUGCGGCACCCGACAUCCCUCCCGAAAGUUGCACCAGAAUUCAAUCCAAACUCAAUUCAAUCUCUGAUGCACACCAGUUCGCAACGGAUGUCAAGAUAAUUCAAAAUAUACCUUUGAUCACUGUUAUGCAGGCAGGUGCAUGGCAACUCUGGACAAGGAUCAAGAAGCCAUUAUCAACUUGGGAGCAUGCGUUCAUGAAUAGCCAGAGAAAUUGGUCAAAGCAGAAUCUCUCCAGAUCUGCAAGGGAGGCCAUUCAACAUGCUAAAACCUCGUUCGAUGUCACCCAGUUACCGGCAGAACAGCUCGAUUUCCUGUUCUUGCUCGCUUACGCCGAGAUAGGCCCUUGCAGUCUAGAAAGGUUCACAGGAUUAUACAGAAAAUGCUCUCAGCAUUCCACCACUGGAGCGGAGGUAAGGAAUCAGGUCGAAAGAUAUUUAGCCAAAGAUAAAUUCCUUUGCCGUCUCCAGCGAAACCAAACCCAUACUGAAAAGAGGCGGGAAGGAGAAGAGAUGUGCACUGUGAACGAAAAAGAAGAUAGUGGAGAUUGUCGUAAGUACUGUAGUUUCCAUGCGAUGUACAAGGAAUAA